UGGAGUUAAAGGCGGACACGACACGCAGGGAGGGAAAGGGGGAGGGUGGACUGGGAGGAGAGUCAGCUUUCUAACCGAAAGGAGGAGGCUGAACCUUUAAAAAGCGGAGCGUGUGUGUGUGUGUGAGUGUGUGUGAAUCAGUAGAGUUCACUGAACCGUCGCGAAGAGACGUUUCCGCCCACAAGAAAGAUGGCGGCUCCCUUGCUGGAGGAUCUGUCGGAGUCCUUAGGUUCCCCGGAGCCGGCGGUCCGCCUCAUUUUAUCUAUUUUAAUCGGGUAUCCCUGUGCACUGGUAUACCGGCAAUUCUUGUUCCACCAGCCCGCCACAGUUAUACAUUUGUUCCACGCAUUCUCUGGGCUGGCACUAGCAGCAUUCAACUUUGCAGGCUCUCAGAUCUAUCACUCCGCAGUAUGCAUCCUUGUCCAAUUCCUGAUGCUGAGGCUUAUGGGAAGGACGGUAACAACUGUCCUGUGCAGCUUUACCUUUCAAAUGGUAUACCUGCUGGCAGGGUAUUACUACACAGCGACAGAGGAGUACGACAUCAAAUGGACAAUGCCUCACUGUGUCCUCACGCUCAAACUCGUCGGUUUGUCAUUUGAUUACUAUGACGGCGGGAAGGACCCAUCCCAGCUGAGUCUAGAACAAAAGAGUGCAGCUCUGCCGUCUGUGCCCUCCCUGCUCGAGGUGUACGGCUUUUCCUACUUCUAUGGAGGCUUCCUGGUGGGGCCCCAGUUUACACUGCGCAGCUACCAGAAGCUGGUGGCGGGGGAGCUCACUGACUGUCCCGGACAGCCUCCGAACAGCAUUAUACCGGCUAUAAAGAGGUUUGCUCUAGGUUUCCUCUGCCUGGUGAUAUAUGCAAUAUUUAGUCCUUAUUAUCCAGACAGCUACUACUUAACCGAUGAGUAUGAGGCUCAGCCCUUCUGGUAUCGUUGUGUGUUUAUUCUGCUUUGGGCUAAAGUCAUUUUAUAUAAAUAUGUCAGCUGCUGGGUUAUAGCGGAGGGUGUAUGUAUAUUAACUGGGCUAGGCUACAAUGGUGUGGUGGAUGGAAAGCACCGGUGGGAUGCCUGUGCCAAUAUGAAGGUGUGGCUCUUUGAAACCACGCCGCUUUUCGGAGGAACAAUCUCUUCCUUCAACAUCAACACAAACGCCUGGGCUGCCAGACAUGUCUUCAAGCGGUUGAAGUUCUUGGGCAACAAGACCCUGUCUCAUGUAACCACACUCCUCUUUCUGACAAUUUGGCACGGCCUUCACUCCGGAUACAUCCUGUGUUUCUCCAUGGAGUUCUUCAUCAUUACCGUUGAGAGACAGGCCCUGGCACUAGUGAGGGACAGUCCCUUGCUGACGAAGCUGGCCAACAGCGCGCUCUACCCUCUCAUCUAUGUAGUCCAGCAGUUUAUCCACUGGCUCUUCAUGGGCUACCCCCUGGUGCCAUUCUGCCUCUUCACCUAUGACAAAUGGCUCAAGGUGUAUUCGUCCGUCUAUUUCUGUGGACACGUAUUCUUCCUCGUAGCCUUUUUAAUCAUGCCGUACCUCCGUAAGGCGCUGGUGCCUAAGAAAGAACGGAGCCAGGUGAAGCAGGAUUAAAACUUGGUACUGAAGACUUGGCAUGGUCCAUCUAAGGCUGAAUAUCCACUGAAGGGAACUGUGACUUUCAAGGAGCAGAAUGGAAAAUAUUUUAAGGCCUUUAGUUAUAUAUAUAUAUAUAUACACAAAUAUAUGUAUAUAUAUAUAUUGUGUCCAUGUAAAAAUAAAUUUCUAUAUAUUUUUGUGUUUUAAAUGGGAGGGUGUUUUUAUAAACAUUUGGAGAAAUGUUUACAGGAAAUGACCAUCGUGCCACAUGGGGUAAUUGUGAGCCAAUCGGGCGAUUUCCUGUUUUAGAUUUUCUUUUUGUUUAAGAAAUUUGGUGAACUUGAGAGACUUACAUGCUGUCGACACAGAAUUGCACUCACCAGUCACGGGUUCAGAGUCUUGUCAUUGGCUCUGAUGUGUUUUUUGUUUCUUUUCUUUUUUUUUUUUCUAUCUCAUGUCUGGCACCCACAUUUAGCAGCAGCAGCAAGUCUUCACAAGAGGUUUAAGCACAAGGGCCAGCAUAUGUGGCAGUUUCUAAUGUAAUAAUACAAAAUGCAUACGGCUUUGUGCAAAAGAAAGAUAAUAAUAGUGAUAAUAAUAAUCGUGGGGGUUGUUUCUUAAAAAAAAAUGGCUGCCAGGGGUUAUACAAGCACUGUAAAUCACACACUGAACACUAACCCCAACUCAAAAUGGCCUUGUAUUAAUGAAUGUUUUUAUAGUACAUUUUAAUUUGUGAUGCGGAGAAAAAGAAAAAAAAGACUUGGUUUUAUAGAGUUUUAACAGCUUUUAUGAUAAAAGAACAUUUUGUAGCUUUGGAUAAGAUUUCAUGAAAAGAAUUAGCAUUGUUCUCGUUUGAUGUUGCUGAGUAUUUUCAUUUUUAUUUUUCUUGCCGUGUUUCUUCUUUCUCCUUCAGUUUAUUCUACGCCGCCACCCCUCCGUCGGCCUUGAUUGAAGCCUGGCCCUCAGCUCUGACAUACACAGAUUUGAAAGUGAAAAUAAAUCUAAGAAGAAGACUUGCACACUGCCCAAACAUAACAUCUUAGGUUCACUCUGAUCUCCAUAAAUAGGCUGUUUUUGAACUGGAUUCAAACAAAACAUGUGUUUCCACCUAUGGCUGCUAUUCUGGCGAUGAUUUAAAAAAAAAAA